AUGUCCUGGACUCCUGUCCUGCUCGCACUCCUCGUCCACUGCAUAGGCUGUGGCUCUCAGCCAGUGCUGAACCAGCCACCGUCCAUGUCCUCGUCCCUCGGAACCACAAUCCACCUGCCUUGCACCUUGAGCAGAGACCAUGAUGUCAGCAUUUAUAACAUCUACUGGUACCAGCAGAGGCCCGGCCACCCUCCCAGAUUCGUGCUAAGAUAUUUCUCCCGCUCGGACAACAACCAGGGCUUCAAGAUCCCACCUCGCUUCUCCGGAUCCAAAGAUGUGGCCAAGAACACGGGGUAUUUGAGCAUCGCUGAGCUGCAGCCUGAGGAUGAGGCUACGUAUUACUGUGCUAUCUUCCAUAACUACAGAUCUGGCCUGAGGUUUGGUGAAGGAACCCAGCUCACCGUCCUAGAUCAGCCCAAGUCCGCGCCCUUGGUCAUGCUCUUCCUGUCAUUCUAUGAGGAACUCGGCGCCAACAAGGCCACCCUGGUGUGCCUCGUCAGUGACUUCUACCCCAGCGGCGUGACGGUGGCCUGGAAGGCAGACGGCAGCACCGUCACCCAGGGCGUGGAGACCACCAAGCCCUCCAAACAGAGCAACAACAAGUACGCGGCCAGCAGCUACCUGAGCCUGUCGCCUGCCAAGUGGAAAUCAUACAGCAGCGUCAGCUGCCUGGUCACGCACGAGGGGAGAACCGUGGAGAAGAAGGUGGUCCCCGCAGAGUGCUCUUAGGUCCCCGACACCCUCCCCCACCCAAGGGGGCCUGGAGCCACAGGACCUCCAGGCGGAUCUGCCCUCCCACCAGCGUCAGCCCAGCCCUUCUCGCUGCACCCGCUCGACACUCAAUAAAAUGUCCUUUAUUCAAUCAGAAA